CUCAGGUCUGCAGCUGUGUCCUGUCUCCUCUCAGGUGGGCCAUGGCCUGGACGUGGCUGCUGCUUCUGCUGGCCCUCGGGUGUCCAGCCCUGCCCACAGGUGUGGGUGACACGCCCUUCCCCUCGCUGGCCCCACCCAUCACGCUGCUGGUGGACGGGAAGCAGCAGAUGCUGGUGGUCUGCCUGGUCCUGGAUGUGGCACCCCCUGGCCUUGAGAGCCCCAUCUGGUUCUCAGCUGGCAAUGGCAGCGCACUGGACGCCUUCAUCUAUGGCCCUUCCCCAGCUGCAGACGGCACCUGGACUAGCUUGGCCCAGCUAUCCCUGCCCUCUGAGGAGCUGGCAUCGUGGGAAACCUUGGUCUGCCACACCGGGCCUGGGGCUGGGGACCACAGCCAGAGCACACAGCCCCUACAGCUCUCAGGAGAGACUUCUUCAGCUAGGACCUGUCUCUGGGAACCGCUCAGGGGUGAGUACUGGGGACCAGCAGCUUAG